AUGUUUUCAUCAACCCUCUUAUCGACCUUCUCACUUAUCGCUUUGGCAGCUUCGGCCACACCGUUAGAUGAAUCAUGGUUACAACCUCGAGACUCAGCUGUUUCUUCUUUGUUCACCAAAAGAUAUACACCCAGUCCAUCAGAUUCUAACUUUACGUCAAACUAUCCUGCUGCCGGAGCUACUCCCCCUACAGACUCCCUUCCGCAAGCAUGGCUUGACAAACUCAAGUCUAUCACUUUACCAGACGUCUCAGUCGCAACUCCAAACAAUGGUUACCCCACUUAUGCAAACGGAGAAACACCUCAAGACCAAAAAAUAUGUUCUUUCACUUAUGAAUGCACAACAGAAGACGAUCUCUACAACCCUCCCAAUGGUGUCUUUGCCUUGUCCUUUGAUGAUGGACCCACUUCGGCAAGUCCAAGCUUGUACGAUUUCUUGGCCAAGAACAACGCUUCCACUGCUGCUACCCACUUCAUGAUCGGCGGUAACAUUCUGUACGAUCCCACUGGUAUGCAAGCCGCUGUAACCGCCGGUGGUCAUAUCGCUGUCCAUACUUGGUCUCAUCAGUACACGACCACACUUAGUAAUGAGGGAGUACUGGGAGAAUUAGGUUGGACAAUGCAGAUCAUAAGCGAUCUCAAUGGCGGUCGAAUCCCUAAAUACUGGAGACCACCAUAUGGUGAUGUCGACAACCGAGUACGAGCUAUCGCCAAAGGAGUAUUCGGCCUUGAAACCGUCGUCUGGAACCAAGACACCGGAGACUGGGCUAUCGGAAGUCAAGCUGCGUACACCCACGAUUCAGUAGUAUCAGCGAUGAACGGCUGGUUGGCUGGAGACAAGAGCAAAGGUCUUUUGGUACUCGAACACGAGACCCGAGAUGAGACCGUCAGUGUGUUCGAAACCAUCUUUUCAAAUAUUGCAUCGAACGGCUGGCAGCUUCACAACGUCGCCGAUGCCUUUGGUAUGGAUUGGUAUGUCAACUCUGGUGAAUCAAACACUGGGGCAGUCACGUCCAUGUCCGUAGCCGCCAACACUUUAGCAGUCACCAAUGCUACCUCUUUACAACAAUCAACCACGUCUUCAGCAUCUUCCGCAUCGGCAUCAGCAUCGAUUUCCAAUUCUGCCUCUUCAUCAGCUUCUCUCACUUCCGCUCAAAGUGCUCAAAAAUCAUCCGCAUCUUCAGCAGCAGCUACUGCCGCCGCUGCAGCUCAAUCUAGUAAAGCAUCCUCAGCAUCUCCCCUAAUCAUUCCAGGCUCUCUACUUGCCGGUAUCAGUCUUCUCGCCGCAUUUUUCUUAUAA